AUUCAAAAACGCGGGUCAGGACCCGCAGCCACAAAUGGUUCCCGCCUCUCCCACUUUAGUGUAGUAAUUGUAAAUUGUCAUUGUGCGGGUUCCUAAAAUGCCCAGAUUUUGCGCAGGUCCCUGAAAUGCCCAGAUCUUGAUGCUCCUAUGCCUUGUACCUUUUUCUCUAUAAGUGUAUGCAUUAAAGUUGAUCACUUCUAUAAUGAGUGGAGAUAAUUUCACUGACGAGGUACCCAAAGUCCGUGCUGUAUUAGGAGAUGUGACCAAUUUGCCUGUCAAAAGAGGGAUUUCAUUAAUUUCAGAUGAUUUAGGGCUUAAAUCUAGAGAUCGGAAUGGUAAGAAAGUGAUACUUGAAGAUGGGAAUUCACGUUUCGGUAAACAAGUUUGUUUAGGAGUUGAAAAAAUGGUCAAUGAGAAAUUUAAAACCAAAGUUGGAGUUGAUAGCAUCAAUUUGGAAGAUGAGCAAUCUUGUGAGUCAUCGGAUACUGAUACUGAUGUUGACGCUGUUUAUACCUCACAAGAGAAUAAUGAAAACAAGGAAACAUCUAACUUGCUAGAUGGAAGUGUCAAUCUUGUUAAGAAUGCUACAAUGACACUUAGUGUUGGAGAACUUGGGGAUACAUCAAGGGAUAGUUGUACAUCUACUGGUUCGAUGCCCGCAAACUUUUGGUCAUCCAAGAAAGGUAGCGAUGAUGAUGAAGGGAGACAUGUUAAGCGAAGCAAUUCCACAGGUCAUGUUUGUACAAGUGUUGUCGAAAAAGAUCUUGGUAUUGGUAAUCUGGCUAGAAGCAAAUGUGGGGCGGUUGAGUGGUCAUCAGGGCAGAAAUCACAUGGUUCCAGAUCAUUUGAAUUGGAUAGGUGCACAGCUCUCCAGGGUGAUGGUUGUGCUAAUUUGAAUGCGGGGGCUGACUUACUGAAAGCUUGCUCUUGUUCAUUUUGUUUGAAAGCUGCUUAUAUUUGGUCAGACCUCCAUUACCAGGACAUCAAAGGGAGAAUAUCUGCAUUAAAGAAGAGUCAGAAAGAAGCAAGCAACUUAAUUAACAAAUAUUCAAGGGGAAAGCAGGCUGACAUUCAUAGCCAGGGAAACUCUAACAAGUCCUUGAAGUUAGAAUCUGACCUCACAGCUCAGUGGAGGUCUCUCUUUCAUCACAUGGAGGAUAUAUUUGCCCAUGAAUGCAACCAACUUCAAGAUGGGUUUGUUGCACUGAAAGAUUUGAGAGAAAACUGCAAAACGGAUCUAGAGAGGAUCAAUGAGAUGCAUUCCAACAAGUAUUAAUUAUAUUUUACUUCUCUAAUGAUUGUAAGACUUCCUUGUCACACUAUAGUCACAACUUGUGCAUGUGUGCACAUGGAAGUAUUCAUGUGUCUGCAAAAGUGCCCUGGCUUCUUGUUUAGAGUGUUCUUGUAAGUUUUCGUACUGUCGUAGGCAGCUUUUCUAUACCAUCCAUCACUUGUAAUAUUUAUUUUUGCAGUUACUAUCUGCAUGAGCAAAAAUUUCUUAUAUGAAAAAUUACAUUGCUUUUCUCAA